AUGACAGAGCAGUUUGCGAAGGAAAGCAAAAUGCCGGAGCAGAAGUCUCCCAAGCCCUCUAAGACCUCCCAGUGGACCUGGAUCCCUUCCGUCAACGUCAAUACAUCUCUCGUCAGCAUCAAGGAGGUCACACUCCUUGAGUACGGAAGCAAAGGAGAAUUAGACAAGAAUCAGGUCAGAGAACUGAUCUCGAAUCAUCUCAAGACGAAUAAUCCAAAGGUCAAGGAAGAUUUAACCUUCCAAUUCAAUCGUUUGGAGGAAAAGGAGAGGCAUUUCAUCAAGCAAGAACUUGACGCAGGGCUGAAGAAAAUAGAGGAACAGCUUCGAUCAGGGGUGUCGGAGAAGCAAAUCAUUGAAGCGUACACUCAAGGUGCCAAUGCGAACAUGAAGGGGGUUGUCACUGGUACGGGAUGUGCCGUUCUAGUUGGUCUGCUGGUUGUGGCCGCAUUGUCGUACUCGUCCAAGCACAGCACCAAGAGAAGUGCUGGUGAAGACGACAAUGGCGAUGACUUUGAUGACGAUUGGAAGGAGGCAGCAAGGGGCUCGUCGGUGGAGCAACUGGAAUUUGCUAUGGGGAAGCUUCGGAACAUGACUGUGUAA